AUGGCAGAGACAAGAAAAAUAAAUCAAGCCAAACAAGCAGAUCACCUCGCCGGCACAGCCCUAACCGCAACCACUGAUCACAGCUCCUCCUUCAGGACUCCAGAUGCUCGACACUCGGAAAACAGGUCUGAUUCGGAUCGCAGUCGUGAUCGUGGCCGUGGCCGUGGUAGAGGUCACGGGAGGGGCAGGAGUGCUUCUCGAGGACGUGGCGGAUGGAAUUCCUCGGGUACCCAGGAUGGACGUGGCGGCUGGACUAAUUCAGGCACAAAUGGACUGCAUCCACAGUACCCAUGGGUUUCUUUUUCUUCUCCACCUUGGGCCGAUCAACAAUCACAACCUUGGGCCAGUCCACAGCAACACUCUUGGGCCCAAUGGAUGGUACCUCCAUGCCCCUACCCCACUGCUCCCAAACCGAACAGUGCUGGCCCAGAUGUUUUGGGCCCUAGGCCAGCCCAGAAUUAUGCUGCCAGUCAAGUCUCCUCUACUGAUGGCUACACACCAACGGAUCUGACUUAG